AUAUAUGCAGCGUGAUAACGGCAUUCUGAACUUUGUACGUUACGUUACGUUAUGUUUAAUCGCGUAUUUUACGAUAAUAGCGAGAAAAGGAUUUUCUACUGAAAAAAAUUUUACUCGCAUAAGUUUUUAUAUAAUUACUUGGCGUUUCAUUAAUUUUUUUUUAAACAUACGUUUGAUUUAAAAUCAUGAAAGAACAAGAAACCUUAAAAGGAUGGUACAUUGUAUGGUGGCUAUUUAAAUUAAUUGGAUUCCCAAUUACUAUACCAUGGUUACUUUAUCAUUUAUUUGACAUUAUACAGCAAAAAAAACAAAAGGCUAUGUUGAAUAAUAAGGUUGUAAUGAUAACAGGUGCUAGUUCUGGAUUAGGUGAAGCAUUAGCUCAUGUAUUCUACAGUUGUGGCUGUAGACUUAUUUUAAUUGCAAGGAGGGGAGCUGAGUUGGAAAGAGUAAAAAAUACAUUAUUGGAGAAACAUUGCACAGUUCCUACUCAUCCACCUGUAAUUCUAUCUUUGGAUUUAACUGAUAUCAAUUCUUUACAAUCCAAAGUGUCAAAAGUUUUAAAAAUACAUGGGAAAAUUGACAUUUUGAUAAAUAAUGCCGGUAUUUCAUAUCGAGGUGAAGUUAUUAAUACAAAUGUAGAUGUGGACAUUAAAGUGAUGCUUAUUAAUUAUUUUGCACAAAUAGCUUUAACUAAAGCUGUUCUUCCAACAAUGUUACAACAGCAAAAUGGGCAUAUAGUGUGUAUUAGCAGUGUUCAGGGUAAAAUUUCUAUACCACAUAGGUCUUCAUAUGCAGCAUCUAAGUACGCAUUACAAGCUUGGUGUGACUCCUCUAGAGCAGAAUUAGCUGAACACAAUAUAAAGGUUACAGUAAUUAGUCCUGGAUAUAUAAAGACUGCUUUGUCAUUAAAUGCUUUAACAGGAACUGGAGAAACGUAUGGAGUAAUGGAUCAAACUACCGAGCAAGGUUAUUCUCCUAAAUAUGUUGCCAAAAAAGUUUUGCAAGCUGUAUUGAAGAAAGAAAAGGAUGUAAUUAUUGCUACGAUUAUCCCGAAAUGUGGUAUACUUUUACGUUUUUUAUGUCCUUCUCUUUACUUUUGGCUUAUGGAAAAACGUGCUAAAAAAUUUACAAAGGAAAAGUAAUUUUCCAAUAAAUAAAAUCAGUGUAAAUACCACUUCGUUUGAAAAUAUGGUGUAAUGUUUUUUUUGCCUAAAUUAUACAAACAUUUGUUAUUAUCUAUUACGUUUUUGUACUGAUGAUUAAACAAUUAUUAUUCAGAUUAUUAUUAUUGCAUAGGUAAUAAUGUUAAUGUUAUCAUUAAUAUUUUGUACAAGUGCAAAGCGCUAAAUGAACUUGUCCGAUAGAUUUA